AAAACAGGAAGAGCUUCUGCUUCAGAUGGAGACUCCAAACGAGCCUGGACCCGGCCCGGUGGAGCCGGACCUAACGGAACACAAUGUGGAGGCG